GUCUCCAUGGAGAUGCGUCUCUCGGUAACAUGCCUUCAAUCACGCAGGCAAUUUUAAGCUUGAACGCAGGAAGUAAGAACCCGUGUUUACAACUUUUCUGCGUUCAACUUCGUAGCUGUUAUGCCAUCUGACUGCUGGAACAAACGAGGGUUGACAUCAGUUAUUUGGCGCACUUAAAAGUUUCGUAGACCUACAUGGCGACCACACACAAAAGCACUGCCCAAGGACACACUGAUGUCUACCCUCCCAAAAGUAAGCCCACGCGAAAUAAGAACUUGGCAGCCAAGCAAAGGUCUUUGAAUGACGAGGACAACAAAAUUACACUGGACAAAAAUAAGAAAUUCAGGAAGAAGAAAAAGAAAGAGAACACGUCCGACACUGAGAAAAAGCAGUCCAACAAGUCGAGCCGUGAAGAAGCACCUAACAGAGAGGAUUCCAGCAGCCCUCUGAAUUCUGGCGGCGACACAGGUGAUCGGCAACCUGACCCCAAGGGCUCCAGUAGUUCCAACACCUCCACACAAAAGGCCAAAGGAAGCAAGGGCACCAAGCGCAGUAAGAAGUCGAAGAGCUCUGUCUCGAGUGAAGAUGCGCAGGCCGCAUCCCUGGGCCCUGCAGCUGUGAGGGACAAGGCCAAGGAGGAGGAGGUGAGUGCUGAGGCCCUGGAGAGCCUGCGCUGGGUGGGUGUUCUGGACGACCCUGUGGCCGAGGAACACAGGCUGGAGGUGUACAAGGCCAACCGCCGCAAACGUUACAUAGCGGCACGGCAGCUACAGCUGGGGAAGACUGCCUCCCUGCUCACACAACCCUAAGCAAGGGUCAGGUGGAUGGACCAGAGAUAUGGGGUUUGGAGGGGGGUAUCAUGACUACCCACUGUCUUUAACAUUGCUGCACGGUUCCUUUAUCUAGUUCUUUUCUUUUUUUAUUAUGAAAACUGCCACAUUAUGACUGUAGUUUGUUUUUUUCAUGCAUUUUUGGGUGUCUGAACGUUAUGACUAAUAAAAGCAUACUCAGGGAUGGA